AUCGACGAUGGACGAAUCACUUUCGAUCGAACGAUCGAGAGUCGUUUUUCAAUUUAUUUUAACUUUUUAUCUAGAUUUGUUUAUUUAUUCAUUUUAGAUUUAUCGCGAAUGAAAAAGUAAAAAGGUGAUUCGAUUCAAUUGUUCGAGGAAAAUUUUGGUGCAAGCGUGGCGUAAGAUCACUAUAUAAAGCUGAGAAGUUCGAUAAGUUGGUCAGUAGUUUCGAUCGUUGGUCGUCCGAAAAAAGUCUCGAAUCAAAUAUGUCUCGAAUUAUCUUCAUUUUGCUCGUCGCUGUGGCGAUUUUCUCCAGUUCAUUUGGCGAGGAGUGUGGACCAAACGAGGUGUUCAGUACGUGUGGAUCGGCAUGUGCACCCACAUGUGCCGAACCAAAAGCUCGUGUUUGUACCAUGCAAUGUAUUAUCGGUUGUAAAUGUCAGGAAGGCUUCUUGAGAAACGGUGAAGGGGCAUGUGUCCUUCCACAAAAUUGUUAAAAUUCCCACUUAAUUAUUGGAAAACGAUUUUUCGCUCCCUUAUUUAGAAUUCACACUCUUUGCUUUCUUUGUUUCUUUGCUUUCGUCUGUUUUGCUGUUGUCUUUUAUAAUUCAAAACAGGAUGUAUAUACAAAUAAAUAAUAAACUGUUGUUUUAAAAUCUUUU